GAUGGUGGAGCACUGUCUGCACAUGUUCGACCGGAUGGUCAUCUAUUUCUUCAUAGCGGCCUCUUACGCGCCCUGGCUGAACCUUCGAGAGCUGGGCCCCUGGGCCUCCCACAUGCGUUGGCUGGUCUGGAUCAUGGCCUCCGUGGGCACCGUCUAUGUCUUCUUCUUUCAUGAGCGGUACAAGGUUGUGGAGCUGCUGUGCUACAUGGUGAUGGGCUUCUUCCCCGCCCUGGUCAUCCUUUCCAUGCCCAACACCGAGGGCAUCUGGGAGCUGAUGACCGGAGGAAUCUUCUACUGCUUGGGCAUGGUGUUCUUCAAGAGUGACGGGAGGAUCCCCUUUGCCCACGCCAUCUGGCAUCUCUUUGUGGCAUUUGGUGCUGGUACCCACUACUAUGCCAUCUGGAGGUAUCUCUAUCUACCCAGCACCAUGCAGACCAAGAUGUCCAAAUGAGGUGGCAGGAACUCCACAGGUCACGUGGACUUUUGGAGCAGAGCAUCACAGGAAGUGUUUCUGCAGACUGUAUCCCAGAGCA